UCCCUUUCUUUGCUUCUUCUCUGCUCCAAAGCCAAACUCUCUUUGGCUUUUUCUUUACACAAAACAAAAUGGUCAUUAAGUUCCCUAGCACUAUCAUUAAAACCACCUCACUCCUCUCCUUAAUCCUCUAUUUCCUAUUAACAGCAACAUCUAGUCCCAACUCGGUUUUAGCUGAUCAAGAUGUUGUCGACCAAGAUGAAGAUCCAGAGUACUACAUUCUUGACGAAGCUCCCUCGAUACUUUCCAAUGUGACAGUUUCAUCCAAAACCAGGCUACUAGUGUCCCACUACAAGAAGAUCAAGAAAGGAAUGAGAUGCCACGUCGCGAGUUACAACAUUUGCAAUGGCGUAAAAGCGAACAACGGGACGAGCCUCUUGCAUUGCUGCAAGAAGCAUUGUCGGAAUAUCCUAGGAGAUAUGAAUAACUGUGGUCGAUGCGGUCACAAAUGCGGUUUUGGGCAGCGUUGUUGUGGUGGAGUUUGCACUUACGUUAACUUUAACCCUAACCAUUGUGGGAAAUGUACGAGGAAGUGUGCGUCCGGGGUUAAAUGUGAGUAUGGUUAUUGUGGCUAUGCUUGAUUUAUAUAUAUAUGAAAAGUGAGCGUUAUAUCGUAAUUUUGAGUUGUUUUUUUUUGGUUUUCUUCAAGGAAGCGUUAUAUUAGCAUACGUACGGAUUACACUUAUACAAAAUCUUCAUGCAUACGCAUGUCAUGAUUUUGUGAGUAAGUUAAUACACAUAUGUAAACACAAACAUGAUUAUUUAAUAAAAAAAAUAAAAAAAUAUUAUACUCU